AUCGUUCAUACCUGAAAAGUAUAAGUACCACAAUCUAUGCUCCGGGUACGCAGAAUGCAUCAAAUCAGCAGAGACCGUAUGGGCCCAGACAGACUGUGACAAUAGCACUGCAGAGUAUAUGAAAAAUACAAAUUAUAUGUUCAUGGAAUUUUCGUGCAUUCAAGAGUCCAAAAUACGGAAUAUGUGUUCAGAUCAGACUUACACGGGUUCGACAGUGUAUAUUCAGAGUCCGGAAUAUCCGGGUAGAAAUAUUUCAGCCGAUAUCAACAAAUGUACAUGUCACGUGACUUCAGCAGCCGAUAUAACGAUGUACACACUAGAUGUACGUCUGUACGGACAGACGUUAACUGUUGCAAACCAAGCAGACUCGACGGUUUAUAACGAGUCGAAUUCAACAAUGUUUAAUAUUACGUCAACCGUGUUGACAGGAGGAGAUAUAUGGGUUACUAUGAACACCUCGUCUACCGAUGAUGGUGCGUACGUUUGGAUCGGUUUCGAAGCAAUGAAUCUAAGUUCUUUGACAAUCAGCUGUAAGGUAUAUGGUCCGGAGGACAUUGAGGAGGACACCAGCUCACCGGUCGCACCAAUUGUCUCCACAGUACCGCAAAACCCCGGACCAUCGACUAGAAAGAGUACCAAUUCAAAACCAAGGAAUGGUCCAGGCAUUGCUCUUAUAAUCGGGAUUGCAGUCGGGCUACUACUUGUGUUACUUUUUGUGGUUAUGGUGUGCUACCUUGUGAAGCGUAAGAAACGAAAUGAUGACAGAAAACGGAAAAUCUCGACAUUAAUGAAAGAUGACAAGGAUUCUGAGAUCUCAAGGAACGCUCGCCGGUCGUUUGACCAAUCUCGCGCCCCUAUGAAUGAAAAAUUUAAAGCUUCAAGUAUAUAUUCCAACAGAGUUGAACCGACGCGUUAUAUCGAAGAGCAUGGUGGCAUUAGAUCUAAUGCUGUACUCCCAGAUAUUAACCGAUCGUCAAGAAGAAUACCUCCCGACCAGGGCAAUAACUUUACAUAUCAACCAUCGAGAUUGCCGCCGUUAACUAAUGCCAAUACAGAUGUGUUUAAAUCUGUAAAUGAAAAUUCUUAUGCUGAACAUCGAGACAAAAAGAAAAGUAAAAAACGUAAGAGUCAUAAAAAUAAAAAGACAGAUUUUAGAAAUGGAGAAGUAAGGGAAGCCAGGUCACCUGGUACAGCAGACGUUUAUAAUGAUAAAAGACAUUCAGACUAUAAUGAACGCAGAUCUUCAGAUACAAACGAACGCAGACGUUCAGAUACAAACGAACGCAGAUAUACAGAUACAAACGAACGUAGACGUUCAGAUACAAACGAACGCGGAUCUUCAGAUACAAACGAACGCAGAUAUUCAGAUACAAACGAACGCGGAUAUUCAGAUACAAACGAACGCAGAUAUUCAGAUACAAACGAACGCGGAUAUUCUGAUACAAACGAACGCAGAGUUUCAGACACAAACGAACGCAGACAUUCAAAAGAAAGAAAACAUAGAAGACAUAGCAGCAAAAAAUCUCAAGAUGGCUUCUAAGUUACUCAUGGAUAUGUUCGAUUAGAACCCGGUUUACAUAUAUAAUGUUUUCUAGUGCUUUGUUCAGUUUUCUUUUUGGUUAUUUUUGUUACAUACUAAAGCUUUGAUUUAAUAGAAUAUAUUUAUAUUUUAAAUAAAAUAUAUAAAUUAU